CGCACCUACCCACUGGGAGCGCACAGUCCACGAUCUCAACAUCGGACGAGGUUGACUGCGAACUGGUAGGCGUCGGACGCGCGGCCAGCGCGUCCAGCUGGUCCAAGAUAGUCGACAUAUAGAUUGGCCUGUGCAAAAGACAUGUAGCGGAGAAGAGACGACGCGCGGGCGGAGGCAAGGCGCGUCGGGGGCGGAACAUGAGAUGUGCUGAGUCGCCUCUCACGUGGCCGAGCCCGAUCGUCGGUUGCGAAGUCGGCCCGGGCAUCCGCUGCUUCCUCCCUCCUUCCGCUCCAGAUCCUCGUUCGCCUGCUACUGACUGACAGCCUAUGCUCGUCCACUCCUGACGCACACACUAUGGACCACACGCCGCGCACUUCAAUUAUCCUUGCCUCCAUCCUCUUCCUUCUCGUCCGCCCGGCGGUCGCGCAUGUUGCUGCCUGGCACAAGAGCAUGUGGUGUCUGAAUGGCACUACACCCGGCGUCGAUAACCCGAAUAACCGCGAGCCAGGGACCCCGCUGUACAACCUCAAGUUCGAGGACUGGUGGUUCCAUCACAUCAACAAGUGUGAUGAGUUCCCUCCAGCAGAGGGCGAUUUCCUCGACCUCCCCGCCAACGGCCACUUCACCAUCGAGCACGCCACAGACCGCGCCUUCACCUCCCUCUCCUACGACGGCAACAUGACCGGCGUCUACAUCGACGGCAAAGACCACCUAGAAGGACUCGAUGGCAACGGGGAGUGCAUCACGAAUCCUAAUAGAUGCACCCCCUGGCGCCGCCUCGCGACCUACGAGGUCCCCAACCUGCCCGCGUGCCCGGAGGCGGGGUGUAUCUGUGCGUGGGGCUGGGUGCGUCGGACCUCACCCUCCACCCGAUCUUCGACCUGACGGAGGGCCUCGCGCAGAUAGCUGAGGGGUGCG